UCUCUUCUUAUCGACUGCGCACAAUCGAGCCGCUGGCGAAUGACUCCGCCGUUUCGAAGAGCAGUGUCAAAACCAGGUUGAGAGCGUCGUGACGGAGGAUGGGUCAGAAUCAAUCUGGGACCGGUGGCAGCGGUGGAGACAAGAAGGAUGACAAGGACAAGAAGAAGAAGUACGAGCCGCCGAUUCCCACGAGGGUGGGCAAGAAGAAGAGGCGCACCAAGGGGCCGGACGCGGCCCUGAAACUGCCUCAGGUGACCCCUCACACGCGCUGCAGACUGAAGCUGUUGAAGAUGGAGCGCAUAAAGGAUUACCUGCUGAUGGAGGAGGAGUUUAUCAGGAAUCAGGAGCUGCUGAAGCCGCAGGAAGAGAAGAACGAGGAGGAGAGAUCGAAGGUGGACGAUCUCCGUGGUACGCCGAUGUCCGUCGGCACGCUGGAAGAGAUAAUCGAUGAUAAUCACGCGAUAGUGUCCACCUCGGUCGGCUCCGAGCAUUACGUGUCCAUCUUGUCGUUCGUCGACAAGGAUCAGUUGGAGCCAGGCUGCUCUGUGCUGUUGAAUCACAAAGUUCACGCUGUUGUUGGCGUCUUAGGGGACGAUACGGAUCCUAUGGUUACGGUGAUGAAGCUGGAAAAGGCUCCUCAGGAGACCUACACUGAUAUUGGAGGUCUCGAUACUCAAAUUCAGGAGAUUAAGGAAUCCGUAGAAUUACCGUUGACCCAUCCGGAAUAUUACGAGGAGAUGGGUAUUAAGCCACCGAAGGGUGUCAUACUUUACGGACCACCCGGCACGGGGAAGACGCUGCUCGCCAAAGCUGUGGCCAAUCAAACGUCGGCUACGUUCUUGAGGGUCGUUGGCUCGGAACUUAUACAGAAAUAUUUAGGAGACGGUCCAAAGCUCGUGAGAGAGCUUUUCAGAGUUGCCGAGGAGCACGCCCCUUCCAUCGUUUUUAUAGACGAAAUAGACGCGGUGGGAACGAAAAGAUACGACAGCAAUAGCGGCGGCGAGAGGGAGAUACAGAGAACCAUGUUGGAAUUGCUUAAUCAACUGGACGGAUUCGACAGUAGGGGCGAUGUGAAAGUGGUUAUGGCUACCAAUAGAAUAGAGACCUUGGAUCCCGCUUUAAUUAGACCGGGUCGUAUCGAUAGGAAAAUAGAAUUCCCGCUACCGGAUGAGAAAACUAAAAGAAGAAUUUUCAAUAUUCACACAAGUAGAAUGACUUUGGCGCCUGACGUGAAUCUGGCGGAACUGAUUAUGGCAAAGGAUGAUCUUUCUGGCGCGGACAUCAAGGCAAUAUGUACCGAAGCUGGUUUAAUGGCUCUACGCGAACGACGUAUGAAGGUUACCAGUGACGAUUUCAAGAAGUCCAAGGAAAGUGUGCUGUAUCGCAAGAAGGAAGGUUCCCCCGAGGGAUUAUAUUUAUAAAAAAGAAAAAAAACAUUUAUCGUCAAUAAUAUCUGUAUGAUUGAGUCGCGGAGUUAUAUUCGGGUGUCUCAAUAAACAUUUCUAUAUAGGAAA